AUGGAAUCCCCCAACGGCCCCGACAACCCUGAAUCCUAUCAAAUCGCCUGGAUUACCGCUCUUCCCAUCGAGCGGGCCGCUGCAGAAGGGAUGCUCGAUGAAGAGUAUGUAGUCCCAACCGGCUUUACUAGGAACCAGGCCGACGCGAACGUUUAUACGUGGGGUCGUGUGGGAGAGCACAACAUUGUCAUUGCCUCUCUAGCUCCUGGUGUUUACGGAACGACCUCGGCUGCGACCACGGCUUCGAGCCUGCUCGCCUCUUUGCCGUCCAUUCGUGUUGGCCUUAUGGUCGGCAUAGGCGGCGGCAUCGCCCGACCGGACGAGGACCACGACAUCCGGAUGGGUGACGUUGUCGUGAGCCAGCCCAGUGGGAUCACGGGCGGCGUCUGCCAAUACGACUUGAUUAAGGCAAAUCCUGGCGACAAACGUGACCGCAAAGGUUUCCUCGGACGGCCUCCGAUGGUCCUCCUCAAUGCGCUUGGCGGAAUUCAAGCCUACCACGAGCGAAAAAACUCCAAGGUUCCCUCAUUCCUUCAAGAAAUGCUGGAGAAAAACCCGAAGAUGGGCAAGAGAUCCAAGAAAAGUCCUGGCUAUAUUCACCAAGGCUUCGAUAACGACCGCCUGUUCAAAUCCCAAUACGAUCACAUCCCCGGCCCGAACUGUCGGAGCUGUGAUAUUGCUAAUGAGGUUCAACGGGACACUCGCGACACUACCGACCCCGAAAUCCACUAUGGGACCAUUGCAUCUGGAAACACACUCGUCAAAGAUGCUGCUACUCGCGAUCGGAUUGUUGCUGAUAUCGGCGAGAAUUGCAUUUGCUUUGAGAUGGAAGCAGCAGGUCUGAUGAACCACUUUCCUUGUCUUGUGAUCCGAGGGAUCUGUGACUACGCCGAUUCUCAUAAGAACGAUCGAUGGCAACGCUACGCCUCGGCGACCGCUGCUGCGUACACAAAAGAGCUUCUGGCAUACGUGCCAGCCGCGGACGUUCAAGAGACUAAGAGGGCACUAGAAAUACUUCAGUCAGUUCAACAACAGAUCGAUCACGUGCAGCAGACGACAAUUGUGACGAAAGCGGCAACUGAUUUCAUCAUAUCUGAUCUUCGUGUUGAUAAAAUCAGGCGCUGGCUUUCUCCCCCGGAUCCGUCUACAAAUGCCAACCACGCAAGGACGCUCCGUUAUGAGGGGACAGGUGCGUGGCUCCUGGAAAACCCUGUCUUGAAGUCGUGGCUCUUAGAGUCGCGUCGACAAAUAUGGCUAUACGGGCUUGCAGGAUGUGGAAAGACCGUCCUUAGUACGACUGUGCUUGACUAUCUCACGGGAGGAAACGACGGUCUUAUCCUCAACUUCUUCUUUGACUUUAGCGACACCACAAAGCAGACAUGGGAUGGCAUGCUGCGGUCGCUUGCUUUUCAACUUUACCAAUACGGCGUCGGCUCUGCUAUUCAUCUUGAUACUCUGUUUCAAGCACACCAGAAUGGCAGCUGCCAGCCUGCGACAAAGCCGCUCUCGGACAUUGUUUUCAGAAUGCUCGUAGCCCAGAGAAAGGUCUCCAUAGUUCUGGACGCAUUGGAUGAAUCAACAACAAGGUAUGAUGUACUUACGUGGAUCAAGGACGUGAUCUCUAAGCCAGAAUUGGUCCAUAUCAAGCUACUUUAUACAAGUCGACCUGAGUCCGAGUUUCAGCGCUAUAUUCCUGCUUUAAUAGGAGAGGAAAGCUGCCUACCACUUGAGACGCAAUCUGUCAACUCCGAUAUCCGAUCGUGGGUAACAGCACAGCUUUCUCAGCGGCGAGAGUUUACAGAGAAGCCCUUAUCCCAGAAUAUUCUCGAGGAUAUCCGUAGGAAGGUUGGCGACCGGGCCAACGGGAUGUUUAGGUGGGCGUUCUGUCAAUUGGAUAGCCUGGCUCGAUGUCGUCACGAGGCAGCUAUGGAGAAAGCUCUCGUAUCCUUGCCGCUGGAUCUAAAUGAGACAUACCGGCGCAUGAUUAAAAAAAUACCGACGGAGCUGGAAAAUGACGCGAUCCGCCUCCUGCAAUUCCUAGUGCACUCUAAGCGACCUCUUCAGCUGGCGGAGGCUAAAGAGGUAAUAGCCACACAGAUCGAAAAUGACUCACAAAGAUUUGACAUCAAGCGUCGACUCUUUUGCGAUAUUGAUAUUUUGGAUUACUGUCCCGGUUUAGUGACGGUCGUUCACGCUACCGUUAAAGAAUUGCACCUUUCCCAUUUUUCCGUCAAAGAGUACCUUCUAGAAGAGAAGGAAUUCAAGAUGACAACAGCCAGUGCUUCCAUUACGAGCACAUGCUUGACUUAUCUUACGGAUAUCACAGGUAGCCACGCAGAAAUCCAGCGCGAUUUUCCGAUGGCAAGGUGUGCCGCAAGUCUUUUGGCAGGCCAUGCUUCGUUGGCUCAGGGUUCAAAAGGUAUAGCUCGAUUGACUGUCAGGUUCCUUAGAGAGGAAGCGACCUUCCAACGAUGGACUCGGUUGUUCCUGGCUAAUGAUCCGUGGAUCCAAGAGCCCAGUCCCCCGAAAGGUUCUAAGCUCUACUAUGCUUGUUUAAUUGGCGUCCUAGCGCCGGCACGAGAUCUAAUCAGUGGAAGAUCGGAUGUCAACGCGCAGGGUGGCACAUACGGCAACGCUCUGCAAGCCGCCUCCUUCAACGGCCAUCAAGAGAUUGUCAAACUUCUCUUAAACAACGGAGCAGAUGCCAACAAGCAGGGUGGCGAAUACGGCAACGCUCUGCAAGCCGCUUCUUUCAACGGCCAUCAAGAGAUUGUCAAAAUCCUCUUAGACAACGGAGCAGAUGUUAAUGCGCAGGGUGGCGUAUACGGCAAUGCUCUGCAAGCCGCAUCUCUAAACGGCCAUCAAGAGAUUGUCAAAAUCCUCUUAGACAGCGAAGCAGAUGCUAACGCGCAAAGUGGCGAGUAUCGCAAUGCUCUUCAGGUAGCCUCCUUAAAUGGCCAUCAUGAGAUUAUCAAACUUCUCUUAGACAACGGAGCAGACGCCAAUGCGCAGGGUGGCGUAUACGGCAAUGCUCUGCAAGCCGCAUCUCUAAACGGCCAUCAAGAGAUUGUCAAAGUUCUCUUAGACAACGGGGCAGAUGCCAACGCGCAGGGUGGCGUAUAUAAUAACGCUCUUAAAGCCGCUUCUUUUAGCGGUCAUCAAGAAAUUGUUAAACUUCUCUUGGACAAAGAAGCAGAUAUCAACAAGCUAAAUAACGAGUAUGGCAACGCUCUGCAAGCCGCUUCUUUCAACGGCCAUCAAGAGAUUGUCAAACUUCUCUUAAACAACGGAGCAGAUGCCAACAAGCAGGGUGGCGAAUACGGCAACGCUCUGCAAGCCGCUUCUUUCAACGGCCAUCAAGAGAUUGUCAAAAUCCUCUUAGACAACGGAGCAGAUGUUAAUGCGCAGGGUGGCGUAUACGGCAAUGCUCUGCAAGCCGCAUCUCUAAACGGCCAUCAAGAGAUUGUCAAAAUCCUCUUAGACAGCGAAGCAGAUGCUAACGCGCAAAGUGGCGAGUAUCGCAAUGCUCUUCAGGUAGCCUCCUUAAAUGGCCAUCAUGAGAUUAUCAAACUUCUCUUAGACAACGGGGCAGAUGCCAACGCGCAGGGUGGCGUAUAUAAUAACGCUCUUAAAGCCGCUUCUUUUAGCGGUCAUCAAGAAAUUGUUAAACUUCUCUUGGACAAAGAAGCAGAUAUCAACAAGCUAAAUAACGAGUAUGGCAACGCUCUGCAAGCCGCUUCUUUCAACGGUCAUCAAGAGAUUGUCAAACUUCUCCUAGACAACGGAGCAGAUACCAACGAGCAGGGUGGCGAAUACGGCAAUGCUCUCCAAGGCGCCGCGCUUAGCGGCCACCGACAGAUUAUCCGACUUCUCUUAGACAACGGAGCAGAUGCCAACGCGCAGGGUGGCGCAUACGGCAACGCUCUGCAGGCCGCAUCUCUAAACGGCCAUCAAGAGAUUUUCAAACUUCUCUUACACAACGGAGCAGAUAUUAACGAGCAGGGUGGCGAAUACGGCAACGCUCUGCAAGCCGCUUCUUUCAACGGCCAUCAAGAGAUUGUCAAACUUCUCUUAAACAACGGAGCAGAUGCCAACAAGCAGGGUGGCGAAUACGGCAACGCUUUGCAAGCCGCAUCUCUAAACGGCCACCGAGAGACUGUCAAACUUCUUUUAGACAACGGAGCAGACGCCAACGCGCAGGGUGGCGAAUACGGCAACGCUCUUUACGCCGCCUCCUUCAACGGCCAUCAAGAGAUUGUCAAACUUCUCUUAAACAACGGAGCAGAUGCCAACAAGCAGGGUGGCAGAUACGGCAACGCUCUGCAAGCCGCAUCUUUAAACGGCCACCGACAGAUUGUCAGACUUCUCUUAGAUAACGGGGCGGAUCUGAGAACCCAGGGCGGCCCUUUGAACAGCGCUGUUCAAGCUGCCUUUUUUAACAACCAUCAAGAUAUUGUGAAAAUGUUCAAAAGGUGGGCGCAAUUACACUGUCCUUAA